AUGAGUCGCAACUUUUGCCCCGCCGCCUUUUCCUUCUGGGCUUCGCUUCUGCUGUUCAAGGAAGUCGCGCCCAAAGCCCUGUCAUCACAGAAUCUUUCCGACAGUGAGCCUUGGGUCUUGGCCCAUCUUCGCAGGGCAUUGAGCUCGGCGGUUGACAGAUCGAAGUUUGUGGGGGGUGGAACCGUCACCGGAGCGCGCGGGAAUCCUUCGCGGAGGACGCGCAAGGGUCGUUGUCGUCUCGGAUGGGGAGGUUGCGAACGCUCCCGAAAAGGAGGCGUCCUGCGGGCUUCACUGCUGCCAUUUCUGCGGCAUUGGCGGCUCGCGAAAGGAUGUGGAGCAAGGCCUGCAAUAACAGCCGAGAUUCAAACUGUAGGUGGACAUGUUGUUCAGCCUGGAGCAUGGCCAUGGCAAGUUAGUCUUCAGAUUUAUCAUAUUCCAUCAGGUCGAUAUCGGCAUAUAUGUGGUGGAUCUUUAAUUAAUAACAACUCGGUGCUGACAGUAGCACGUUGCAUUAAGAAAUGGGUGAACCCAGAAUAUUGGAGAGUUGUGAUUGGUUUACAUCAUCUUUAUAAACCUCAUUCUCACACCAUAAAUCGUCGGGUGAGAAGUAUCAUUGUUCAUUCUGAUUUCAAGUGGGACAGCUAUGAAAAUGACAUUGCAAUGUUUAAACUUGUGAAGUUUGUUGAGUACAAUAAAUAUAUUCAGCCUAUCUGCUUAUCUCACAAUUCUCAUCUCGUGACUGAUAAAAAUCCAUGUUAUGUAAGUGGAUGGGAAAACAGAAAGAAAAAAGGCAAAAUUCACACUGUAUUACAGGAAGCUCGAGUAAUUACUAUUCCACUAAAUGUCUGUAAUAAAUAUGAACAUUAUAAAGAAAGAUUAUCAACUGAUAUGAUUUGUGCUGCCUCACCAACAAAUAGCUGUGUGGGAGAUAGUGGUGGACCUUUGAUGUGCUAUUUCCCAAGUGUAUCGAAAUACUAUCUGAUAGGCAUCACCAGUUUUGCCAGUGGCUGUUAUCCAGAUGAGUAUCCAGGACUCUAUACACAUACAGUUAGCUACAGAAAAUGGAUAGAUUUUCAUCUUCAUAAUAAAACUGCAACCACAGUGAACAUCCAAAGUAUUCUAGUUCUUUUAACUAUGGAAUGGAUAAUCUAUUGUGGAACCAGGCCAGUUGUGGAUGACAUAGUAACAGAGACACGAAUUGUUGGUGGACUUGAUGCUCAGCUUGGUGGAUGGCCAUGGUUCCCUUCGUUUUGGAGAGCUGUGGUUGGAUUGCAUCAUAUUACUAGACACCACAUCCAUACCAGAAGGAGCCGGAUCAGGGCUAUCAUUAUGCACCCCGGUUUUAACAAGAUUACCUACGAGAAUGACAUUGUUUUGUUCAAACUGAUAGAGUCUAUCCAAUUCAAUCAGUAUAUCCAGCCCAUCUGUAUACCUGAUGUCCCUGUUGCUCUAAAUGAGGAGAUGACAUGUUUUAUAACUGGAUGGGGACGGACAACAGAAAAAGGACAGGGACGAGAUGUAUUACAAGAAGCACAGGUCGAUAUUAUUCCAAUAUCAACUUGCAAUAGGCAUGACUGGUAUGCAGGGAUGGUAAAAGACAAUAUGAUUUGUGCUGGCUCUGGAAAAGGAGGAAUCGAUGGUUGUCAGGGAGACAGCGGUGGUCCUCUUGCAUGCUAUAUUCCAGAUCUCACCAGGUACUACCUGGUAGGGAUCAGCAGUUUCGGUUACGGUUGUGGCCGGCCAAGGUUGCCAGGAGUGUAUCUGCAAACAGGUUUUUAUAGAAGGUGGAUACAGACUAAAGUUAUCUUAUUUGACAAAGCCCUGACUAGGAAGGCUCCAUAUCUUUUCUUUCUGCCUGCAGGAUGGAUAGUUUUCUGCAGUGUUUUAUGA